AUGACAUCUUCAUCGAAAACCAUCAAGCCAUUAACGUGGCUCAUUACUGGCUGCUCAUCAGGCUUUGGCCUUCAGAUAGCCCGACAUGCUCUGGCAGCAGGCCACGAGGUAAUUGCAACCUCCCGUGUCCCUUCAAAGAACCCGGACCUGGUCCAGGAAAUUGAAGCAGCAGGUGCUCGAUGGCUCAGCCUUGAUGUCAACUCAACCAAAUCAGCAAACGUUAUUAUAGAUCUAGAAGAACGAGGCACUCAUAUCGAUGUUCUGGUCAACAGCGCUGGUAUCGGCUUGGCAGGCCCUGUUGAGGCGUUCAGCGAGGAGGAAAUCAGAGGGCUACUAGAGACGAACUUUUUUGGUCCUUACCGUUUGAUGCGUGCCAUAAUACCGUACAUGAGGGCUCGGAGACGAGGUACAAUUGUCAAUCUGAGUAGUGGCUCUGGACUUGAGGCUCGGGAGAGUUUGGGUGCAUAUGGAGCCAGCAAAGCCGCGCUGGACAAUAUUACCAAGACUCUCGCGCGGGAAGUCGCGGAGUUCAACGUCCGGGUUCUUCUCGUCUAUAUGGGUGCUUUCAACACACCCAUGAGCACGCAGGUCAGCCUGGUACGGGAGCCACUAGCUGCGGACUAUCGGAAUACCGUACUGGAGAAAUACUAUAACGUGUUCAAAGAGAAGAACAUGGUAGUGAAAGGUGACCAUAAGAAAGCUGUUAAAGCCAUUUACGAAGUCGUGGUUGGAGAAGGCGUCGGCGCGGGCCUAGAAAGCGAGGUACAGAUAGCCCUUGGAAAAGACUGUGCGGUAAGAGUAGAGGAGGUACGCCAAAGAUUGAGCCAUAUGAUGGAGGUAUGCGGGGAGAUUUGUCACAAUGUUGAUGUAGAUGCCGAUUGA